GCCAUGAUGGACGCGGGGGACAACGGGGGACAACGCAGCCCCCCCCGGCUGGCACAGGCCGAGCGCCGCCGGGACCUGCAGGAGGAGCUGCGGGACCUCAGCAGCCAGGUGGCGGCGCUGGGGCGGAGCCUGGCGGCAGAGCGGGGGCGGAGCCUGAUGGAGGGCGGGGCCCUGCGGGCGCUGGAGAUCGCGGUGGGCGGAGCCCAGGCCCGGGUGGGCGGAGCCUGUCGGGCCCUGGACCGGGCCAAGGAGCGGCUGCGCCUGCAGCAGGAGGCGGGGCAGGUGCUGUGGGCGGAGCUGGAGGCCGCUCGUGCUGCCAAGGCGGGGGCGGAGCUCCGGGCUCAGGAGGCGGAGUCUCAGUGCCAGGCCCGGGGGGCGGAGCUGGAGCGGCUGCGACAGGCGGUGCAGGCGGCCCAGCAUUCCCGGCGCCGGGCGGAGCAGGAGCGGGACCAGGUGGCGGCGCAGGUUGACCACGCCCCCCGCGCCAGCGCCCCCGCUGGUGACCCCGCGGCGCUGCAGGCGGCGCUGGAGGAGCUGCGGGAGCACAACCGGGACCUGCGGGAGCGGCUGCGGCAGCGGCUGCGACAGGUGGAGGAGCUGCGGCUGGCGCUGGUGGCCGCGGGCUCGCGGGCUCAGGACGCGCAGGCGGCGCGGGCCCGGCUGGCGCAGGAGCAGCGGCGGCUCCGGGAGCGGCUGCGGCAGGCCCGGGACCCCCCCGGGACCCCCGGGACAACCGGGACAACCGGGAUUACCGGGAUAACCGGGAUAACCGGGAUAACCGGGACAACCGGGAUUACCGGGAUAACUGGGGAUAACCGGGAUAACUGGGAUAACCGGGAUAACCGGGAUAACCGGGAUAACCGGGACAACCGGGAUAACCGGGAGAUAACCGGGAUAACCGGGAGCCCCGGGAGUGCCGGGAUAACCGGGAGUGCCGGGGGUGCCGAGAUAACCGGGAUAACCGGGAUAACCGGGAGCACGGGGACCCCCGGGAUAACCGGGACAACCGGGAUAACCGGGAGUGCCGAGUUAACCGGGAUAACCGGGACAACCGGGAUAACCGGGACAGCCGGGAUAACCGGGACAACCGGGAUAACCGGGAUAACCGGGACCCCCGGGAGCCCCGGGAGCGCCGAGCCCGCCCUGCGCGCCCGCUGCGCCCGCCUGCAGGAGCUGCUGCGGAGCGAGGCGGGGGCGCGCCUGGCGCUGGCCCGUGCCGCGCGUGUCACCGGGCGCCGCCUGCGGCUCUUGGCGGCCGAGGCCGAGGAGCAGCGGCUGCGGGGGGAGCGCUACUGGCUGCAGGCCCGUGCCAGCGAGGCCGCUGGCCGCCUCCUGGCUGACCAGGUGGCCGCGGUGGCCGCGGGCACGGCCCAAGCGCUGGCCCAGGGCCACCGCCUGCGCCGGGAGCUCGAGGACGUCGGGGACGGCGCCGCGGCCGCCGCGCGGCACGUGGCCGUGCUCCGGGCGCGCCUCAGUCCCUAUGGGGUGUGUGGGGUCUCUGUGGGGUCCCUAUGGGGUGUGUGGGGUCCCUGUGGGGUCUCUAUGGGAUAUUGGGGUGUCUGUGGGGUCUGUGGGGUCUAUGGGAUCUCUGGUGUGUGGGGUCCCUGUGGGGUCUCUGUGGGAUAUUGGGGUGUCUGUGGGGUCUGUGGGGUCUAUGGGAUCUCUGGGGUCUCUAUGGGAUAUUGGGGUCCCUAUGGGGUCUCUGUGGGAUAUUGGGGUGUCUGUAGGGUCUGUGGGGUUUAUGGGGUCUCUUCUAUGGGACAUUGGGGUCUCUGUGGGGUCCCUAUGGGACAUUGGGGUCUCUGUGGGGUCUCUAUGGGAUUUUGGGGUCCCUAUGGGACAUUGGGCUGUCUGUGGGGUCUCUAUGGGAUUGGGGUCCCUAUGGGACACUGGGGUCUCUGUGGGGUCCCUAUGGGAUUUUGGGGCCUCUAUGGGAUUUUGGGGUCCCUAUGGGACAUUGGGGUGUCU